AUGUUUACUGCGACCCCUGUCUGUCACACACGGUUUGUCUCUUGGAGGAGAGAAUCGGAGAGUAGGGAUUAGGAUGAUGGUGAUAAUGAAUAUGCUGUUAUCGGCGUACUUCAGAGACCUGUCAGUGAUGCACGGAUGAAACGAUGCAACGUGGAAAAGAAACAUUUUAAACAUUUAUUGUGUUGGCUAUUUCCACAAUUUAUUCUAAAUGGCGACCGAAUGCACAGAACAAGCCGUCUUGGAGUUCCUAACGGAGAGAGGAGGGUUGGUCAGACAUAUGGACCUGAUUGAUCAUUUUGAAUCCGUGUGGAAAAGUGAUGCGUCAAAGAAAACACUGUUCAAUGAAAGGUUGAACCGUCACGUUGACAGCGUUGCUUUCAUAAAACUGGAGGAUGGAGUGAAAUUCGUGUGUUUGAAGGAAAACAGCACAAGCUCCGUGAAGCGCACAGACCCUGGCAACGAUGGAGAGAGUAACGGCAACGGGGUGUGUGGUAGGGACCGCCCACUAUCUGAAUCUGGAGAACGGGAUGGGAGUAGCAAUGUCAGCCGAGAUGGAAACGGACAUUCUAGUGAUAAAUGUGAUUCACCUGAAGAAGACUCAAAUGCACCCGAAGCCCUAUCUUGGCUUGAUAAUGGCAUGGAAUCAAACGAUAAUCUUCAUCAUCCAUGCUGCCUAGAGGAAGGUAAAGUUAGUGAUGUUACCUCAGGUGUAGUCACAGAGGUGAAGCUUAGAGAAGUUAGUGAUGAUACCUUCUCAGGUGGAGAGGUGAAGCUAAGAGACAGGAGGAGGAGAGAGUCAGCUCCAGCACUGGGGACAGACUCAAGUGUUUUGGCUGGACAGGUGCAGGUGAGGGGAAGUAGGAGGACCUCCCGGGGCUCCCAGAAGGCUCUGCUGACCAGCGCUCUGUCAGAGGACGGUGGAUGGGAGGGACUGGAUGGAGACUGGAACACCCCCAAGAGCAGCCGCAGGAACUUCAUAGAGCUGAUGAUGAGCAGUUCCCCACAGGUACGUCGGUCUCUGAUCAACCGCGGCUCUCGUCUCAGAGACUCUGUCAGGAGCGACGGUGACUCCACAUCUCUCCUGUCGUCUGCAGACGGGGACUGUGUCUCAGUGGCCCUGGACCCCCUGGAGCACGAGUGGAUGCUGUGUGCCUCGGACGGCCAGUGGGACAGUCUGUAUCCGCUGCUAAUCCUGGACCCCAGCCUGCUGACCAAGAGGGACUUUGUGACUGGCUUCUCCUGCCUCCACUGGGCUGCCAAGCAGGGCAACGAGGAGCUGUUGACACAGCUACUGGAGCAUGCCAAGCAGAACAAUGUCCCUGUGGAUGUUAAUGUACGCUCUAGUGCUGGGUACACUCCCCUUCACCUGGCUGCUAUGCAUGGACACACACAGGUGGUGCAUGUGCUGGUAGACCAGUGGUCUGUAGACCCAGAGGCCAGAGACUACAGCGGGAGGAGAGCUGGCCAGUACCUUCCCCCUGGAGCCCCCUCUACUGCAGUCCUGGAGCCAGGGGGUGGGACCAGCCCUGUAGGAGGAGGAGAAUCAGACACGGAGAACGCAGACAGUGGGGCACAAGGGCGGUGGAGAUUACCCAGAGUUCUCCAGUCCAACCUGAACCCACUGAGGCUGCUGAACGGAUCAGGGGAGGGGGCGGAGGUGAGGGGAGGGGGGGCAGGAAGGAGCAAGGCUGUUCAGAGGAAGUCAUCUCUGAGUCGGAUCAACGCACGGCUCCACCGGGGACGCCAUAAGACCCAGAUCAUCCACAGCACCUCCUUCAGAGGGACGGGGGAGGGAGUGGAGGAGGGAGAAAGGGGGGAGACCAGCCCAACCAGCCCCCUCAAAGGCAGACCAAUUUCCAAUCUGUUUGGAUAAGUCACUGCAGUGUUAGAAUCGCACAUGCAGUAACAGAUCAAUGGCGGCCCUAAUAACCAGCCUACUGAUUAUGAUACCAUUAUGACAUGGGAUCUAGUACUAAGGGCCCAGUUUCCACCCAACACAUAUUACAUUUAGUCCUGGACUAAAAAACAUGAGCAUGCUUUUCCAUCCAGGUGUAGGCUUAACCUGGGUCUGGGAACUGUAGGCCUACUUUCAACUUUAGAUUUGGCACCGUUUACUAGUCACUGGGAAAUUAAUCCCUGAACUAAAAUAUUGUGUAAUUUGGUCAGAUGCUCAUACCGUUUCUGUUUCUGUAAUCUGUCCUUGAGAGAUUACUGAGAAAUAGAUCUGGGAUAAUUUUACUGUACGAAAAAUGUUCACUCAAUAGAUCUGAAUCCUGUGGGGAUUUAAGAUGCUGCUUACAGUAAUUACCUCUACAUAAUUCUUUAAUAUAUUUAACAUAAUUAUUUAACUUCUACAAUUAUUAUAAAGACAAGUCAAAAUAACCACUGAACACCUUCAACAUGAAUCUCGAUGUAACUGCACAUGUCACUUUGGAGGUUUAACCAGAAUGAAAUAGGUGAGUCUAUAACCUAUGGAUUGUGUAGAUGUUUUACCAGCAGUAAAGUUAGAAAAACUCUGCACAUUUUAAGUUACAUUCGCUAGACUGUGAAUGGUCUAUUCCUGAAAUGGUCAGGAAUAGAAAAAGAAAGGGUCAGAACUCCUAGAAUUGAGAUGGGGGGAAAAGGAGUCCCCAUGUAAAAGGGUCAGAACUCCUAGAAUUGAGAUGGGGGAAAAGGAGUCCCCAUGUAAAAGGGUCAGAACUCCUAGAAUUGAGAUGGGGGAAAAGGAGUCCCCAUGUAAAAGGGUCAGAACUCCUAGAAUUGAGAUGGGGGAAAAGGAGUCCCCAUGUAAAAAAGAAAGAAAAAGUAAUCACUUGGUUUUCUUUACAGCAGAUCAAAUCCAUAUAGGCAGAACUGUAGCCAAUGAGUAAGACAUACUGUACAUCUAUGGCCCAUUCCACAGACCCUGCUCUACAAACAGUCAUUCAAUCACGUUUUUUACUUGUUCAUGAAUUUACCAUAGAAUAAAUACAUGUUUUCAUUCUGUGGAACAAAUGUCCCUGAAUAUUUUUACCUAUAUUUUCUCACAAUAAAUGACUGUUAAUAUUUCAAAUGUUUUUGGACAUACCCUCAAAUUCUCCAGCAUGAACAUCGUAGUGUUGAGCUGAAGUUCCUCACUCAUAUGUUGCAGUUUAGAUGUCGUCAUUGUCCUUGUAUACUAUAGAUAAAUACUGCAUAUUGUACAGACCAGUCUGACUGAUGGGCACCUGAUGUCACUUUUGCUAAUGUUGGAUGAAUGCAAGGAUGCUGUGCACUGCCUGUCUGUCUGUGUCUGUCUAUGUGUUUUCUUGGUCUGUCUGUCUGUCUGUCUGUCUGUCUGUCUGUCUGUCUGUCUGUCUGUCUGUCUGUCUCUCCGUCCGUCUGUCCGUCCGUAGUCUGUCUGUGUCUGCUUGGUCUGUCUGUCUGUCUGUCCGUCCGUCCGUCCGUCUGUCUGUCUGUCUGUGUCUGUCUAUGUGUUUUCUUGGUCCGUCUGUCCGUCCGUCCGUCUGUCUGUCUGUCUGUCUGUCUGUGUCUGCUUGGUCUGUCUGUCUGUCUGUCCGUCCGUCCGUCUGUCUGUCUGUCUGUCUGUCCGUCUUUCUGUCUGUCCGUCUGUCUGUCUGUCUGAUAUUGUCUGAUUCCACUCCAGUUUUGAGCCAUUGUAUAUGUAUUAUACACUUGAAUGUUUCUCUUCUCUUCCCAGAUUUCUUUCAUAGUCCCCCUUCUUUUCACUUUGAAUCUUAUUGGGGAAAUAAAGCAAUAACUGUUUUCAUA